AUGAUUAAUUAUAACCUUUAUGAUAUAAUUCAAAAUCAACCUUUAACGGAUGAUUAUGAUAGGUAUAUCGUAAAUGAGGGUAAUGGGAUUGAUUCGCUUGACGUCAUUAGUCGCAGGUUGAAUCAUCAUGCGAGGUCUAUCAUAAAAUUUAAAGCUGUUUUUGAAGGAAUUUUGAUUUCGCCCAAGGUUCUGCCAGAGUUGGUGAAUUUAAGAGAAUUGGAGUUAUCCGUGAUUAAUCUUAGUCAGAGAUAUGAAGAACAAUUGAAACUUUCAACGUUUUCUAAUCUUCAAGUUCUUAAUAUAAGAAACAUUUCUGUCAAAACCAUGGCCAAUAUAAUUGAAAAGACUAAUGGUCAUGUAAGGAAGAUUUGGGUUGAUGACUAUAAAUUAUGCAAUGAUUCUGAAAGAUUAAUCCGUGCUAUUUAUAAAAAUUGUUCUUAUAUUGAAGAAUUAUCGAUCGCUCUUUAUAAUCAUAAUUUUAUGGAAUUUGAAAAGUUGCUUCAACGAUGUGGUCAUUUAAAAACUUUAUAUAUUAAAGUAUUAAGUACGAAAGAGAAUGAGAGUGAGGAUAGGAUGAUUUUGUCAGAAAUCUUAAAAGAAUACGCACCAGCUUGUUUGAAUAACAUUACUUAG